AUGUCUCGUCGCAGAAACUCUGAACCAAUGAACGAGGCCUUUGCAUACCCCUCUCCUCGCCGUGGGCCCAUUGAGGGCCCCAAUGGCCGAAGACUCAUUCGCCGUGUCACUUGGCGGUCUUCCACGUACAAACUCAUGGCUUCAUUGUGGGUGAUAGGAGUCUUGUACAUUCUUUGGCUCACCCGAGAUUUAUAUCUUCCCUCAAGCUUAUUCACCAAUGAAUGA